AUGGCAGCUAUAGUGCAAGCUGGUAGAGAUUAUUAUGACAUUCUUGAUGUUCCUCGAGAUGCACCCAAGUCUCUGAUCAAGCAACAUUUUAAAAAACUUUCUCGUGUUUAUCAUCCAGACAAGAAUCCAGGCGAUUCUUCAGCUUCAGACAAGUUCAUGGAAAUUGCUCAAGCAUACGAAAUAUUGUCUAAUGAUGACAAGAGAAAUACUUACGAUCGGUAUGGUGAAGAAGGUGUAAAGAAACAGGAACAGCAACAACAAAACGCUGGUCAGAAUCCCUUCGGAAAUAUUUUUAGCCAAUUUUUUAAUGGAGGUCAUCAAGGAAAGCCAAAAACCCCAAAUAUUGAAAUUCCUCUCCAUGUUAGUUUGGAGGACGUUUAUGGUGGUGUCAAUAUCGAGGUAGAUGUGGCUAAACAUGUCACUUGUGACCAUUGUUUCGGUAGUGGAGCUCAUGAUUCUGAUUCCAUCCGUACCUGCAAUACUUGCCAAGGCCAAGGAUCUACUUUGAAGCAAGUUCAAUUUGCGCCUGGUUUUGUUCAGCAAUUUCAACAGCAGUGUGAUACAUGUGCAGGAAAGGGCAAGACAAUUAUUAUGACUUGUAAAGCUUGUUAUGGACGUAAAAUUAAGCGUGGUAAUGAGCAGUAUACAGUUGUGGUUGACAAAGGUAUGUCCACAGAUCAAACCAUCGUUUUUGAAGAAGAAGCAAACGAAGCUCCUGAUAAGGAUCCAGGAGAUAUUAUUUUCAAAAUUAUUACAUCAAAACAUCCUGUCUUUGAAAGACGUGGAAAUGAUUUGCACACUAAUUUCACAAUCACCUUAAUCGAAGCCCUCACGGGAUUCAGCAAAUCUAUCAGUCAUUUGGAUCAAAGCGCUAUUAAUUUCAAGCGCUCUGGAGUAACUCAAUAUGGUUUGGUUGAUAAAAUUAUUGGUGCUGGUAUGCCUAUAAUUGAUAACCAUGAUGAAUACGGAGAUUUGUACGUAAAAUACUUGGUCAAGUUUCCAGAGCAUGUUGACAGCGAGUUUUUAAAAGAUUUAAAAAACAGUGUGUUUAAACCCACACAUGAUGAGUUGUAG